AGUGCGCACAGUCAUGACUACAUGUCUGGAGUCUCCGCCACGGGAGAGAGACACAGACUGCUCGACCAGACUUCAGGAAGACAAGGAGCUUUGAACCGGGGUCACGUUUCCUCCCCACUUUGGGACAAAACAAGAGAAUAUCUCACAUUUUACGAGGAGCAGACCACUGCUGCCUCGCAGCCAUGAGCUCUCAAACAACCUAUGGCAGCAGCCUGCUGUUCCAGACGAUGAGCGACGACCUGAACGCGUCGCUGGCCACCGCCGAUGAGCUAUCCAGAGAGUUCAGCUCCCUGAUGAAGGAGGCCUCCACCACGGACACAAAGCUCAAAACAUCUGAUUCUCAGGCCCACUCCACUCUCUCCAGGGAUCUGCGUCAGUCCUCCCUGCCCUCCGCCCACUCCUUCUCCACCCAGGACUCCAGCGGGAGCCUCAAUGGCAGCUCCAAGUCCUCCAGCUCUUCGUCCUUCCACCCCGUUGACUCUGUGGUCUCCAGCAGCUUCAGUGUGCCGUCGUCGCCCGUCUUCACCACCAGCCCGCUGUCGUCCCCCAAGCUGCGCCGGGAGACGCACUCUCCGGUCCCCCACAUGGCCUCGGACGGCUACUCGUACGGCCAGCAGAGCCCCCGCAUGAAGAGGCAGAGCUCGCCGUCUCGCUUUGACCGCAGCCCCCGGAGCUCGGUCAGCUACAUGGAGAGGAGUCCUUCACCGCAACCCGGGAGCGUUUCUCUGGAGCCGCCGGGUCGCUCUGCCUCGGUCCACGGCGCCUUCCUCAGCCCCUAUGACAACGCUCAGAUGGGCCGCCGCUCGCCGCGGCGAGACAGAAGUCCCUCCCCGUUGUCCUUCAAUCAUCCGUCCAGCACGCUUCCUCGAAACUUUUUCCGGAAGCCAGAGGAAAGUGUGCAGCGACCGAAGAUUCCCAGCAAGUGGAACGAGUCGGAUCUGGACGAAUCCUACGAGAAGAAACCGCACCACACCUAUGACAAGACAGAGUGGCUGCGGCAGUCGGUGCCAAACAGCAACUGGCGAGAAUCCAACCUUGAUGGACCUCCUCCCGCACCAAGUCCUAAGAAGGACCCUCGCUUCAGCUCUCUUCAGUAUUCCCACGCUUCGCUCCCCCGUAACACCCGUAUAACAGUACCGCCCGAUGUUUCAUCCCCGUCCCACUCCCCUUACCACCCCCAGCCCAUCAUCUCUCGCAUCUCCAUCCCUCCCGCCUCCCCCCAGCCCCACCAGCGCAAACCCAUCCCCCUGUCUGUGAUCAUGCGCCUCCAAAACCCGCAGUGGGGACGGCUGGCCAGCACCCGCCACCCCAGAGUGACGGGAGGGGAGGGGGACAUGGGGCCACACUACCAGCCGCCCAUGCCCUUCCCCAGGGAGUUCUUCCACCAGCCUGCGCUCCAGCCUCAGCUCCACCCGCCCGAGCUGAGGCAGCCGGCCAUCUACAGCGACGCUCUGAACCCAGCGGAUGUUGAUGCAGAACUGGAGCGAAUGGACUACUUCCACCACAUCCCGGUGAUUCUGGAGAAUCCCGGCAGCCCGGAGGGAGGCGCCGGCGUGCGGCCGCCCGCCCCCCGGCCCCUCAGCCCCACCAAGCUGCAGCCGGUGGUGGCCCCCGAGGCCCAGGCCGACGUCAUCCCCGACCUGGAGGAGCUGCUCCGCAUCAGGGCGGAGAUCCCGCGGGCCCUGAAGAGACGGGGAUCCGUGGAUCAGUCGCUGCCCCUGAAGAAGGCCAGCCACUACCAACCCAACCAGUACAAGAAUCUCAUCGACAAGCUGUUUCACAGGAAGGACCAGCGCCACAAAGGGGAGCAGGGCAGCGAGACCAGCAGCUCCUCGGAUGGGGAGGACUGUGCGAUGCCUCCAGCUCCUUUACCUACACCCUCAUCCACCAUUUUUCAUGACAUCAAAAAUUACCAUUCCAUUCUGCGGCGGCCCAACCGAGAGCGUCGAGGUUCUGGAAAGCGAGCCCGGCUCAGCCCGCUGGUCCUGCUCCUGGAUGGAGCGUUGGUGGGAGAACUGGAGACCGUGCAGAGAGCCGUGCAGGAGAUGACUGAUCCGAGUCAGUCGAACGACGAAGGCAUCACUGGACUCCAUAACGCCGUCUGCGGGGGGCAUUACAACGUGGUGGACUUCCUGGUUCGCAUCGGCGCGAACGUCAGCGCUCCAGACAGCCACGGCUGGACCCCGCUGCACUGCGCGGCCUCCUGCAACGACCGGCCGCUGUGCGAGUUCCUGGUGAGGAGCGGCGCCGCCGUCAUGGCCAUGACGGAGAGCGACGGCGCCGUGGCCUCUCAGAAGUGCGACCCCUACGCUCCGGAGUUCGCCGAGUGUGAGGGCUUCCUGAAGGGCGUGGAGGAGGCCAUGGGCGUGGAUAACAGCGGCGUGCUGUACGCUCUGUGGAGCUACCCGGCCCAGGCGCCCGACGAGCUGAGCUUCAAGGAGGGAGACAUGGUGACCAUCCUGCAGAAGCCCGAGGGCUCCGACUGGUGGUGGGCCUCCCUCUGCGGCAGGGAGGGCUUCGUCCCCAACAACUACUUUGGGCUUUUUCCCAAAGUCCGUCCCAAAUCUCUGUGCUGAGAGGCAAGCCGACGAUUAGGCCGCUUUGCAGCUUCACACUGUCAUUUGAAAGGACUGUGUGGUUUAGAGAAAAGAAGGAGGAAGAGGAGGAGGAGGAGGCUGUCCGGCUGCAGGGAAUGAGAGAUGCCUUAGAUCCGUCAGUCAAGGAGAGUUGAAGGAGAAGUCUGGAUGUUCAUUUCGGCCUCGCUGACA